AUGAGCGACUCGAAAUAUGUAAGUUUGUUUUUUUUUUGAAAUGGGAAUAUGAGAGAUUUAAUGUGAGAGAGACAGAGAUGCAUGUUUCAUUUUUAUGUUUUAUAUCUGUAAAUUUCUGAAAAACUUACUAACUGUGGUGAACUUCGAAGAUUAUUAGAACCCUAAUUGAGAUUAUGAAAUUUACUGUAGUCUCGGAGAAUAGUCUUGCCUUUCGGUUUUGUGUUCAUAAUAUUUUUUUAUUUUUGGAAUUUUUACGUGAAUCUCAGUUUUCAAAUUAUGUUCGUUAGAAGUUUGUCCAAUGGUAUUUCACAACCCUGCCCCAGUUUUUUAAAAUAUCUAGAACCUUUGCUAAUUUUCUGUUGAGAAACCCAAACUUCAGUAAGCUUCAAGAUCGAAAAUAUACGCCUACUGUAGCUUUGAAAGUCUGUUCAGGAUUUCAAUUUUUGGAUAACCAGAAUCUAAACAAAUCCGAAUAUAGCAUUUUUUGGAAAUUGUUUUUUCCAAAUUUCUAGCUUCCCCCUUUGUCAGAAGUUUUGGAAGUUUUCUGACGAAAUUUCUGAAUAGCGUGCAAAAACCAUAUCAAUUUUUGUCAUUCAUCCAAAUUCGGCUUUGUUUUUUCUUCCUUAUGUUUUUGUUUUUUCCUUAUUCUGUCACUUGUCGCCAUACUUCAAACAUACACAGAAAAAAAUAACAAAAAUUCGUUUCUUUUUUGUUCAAUGAAAAAUUGGCGAUUGCACUUUUAUUUAUUUUUCGACAAAUAAAUCGGCAACAAAAUUUUUUUGUUUUACCUUUGUAAAAUAAAAAAAGGGAAGGAAAUAUGUAUCAUGUAUCCCUCAAAAAACAGCCAAAAACGGGCCUUUUUUGGUCAAUAAAAAUAAAACAAAUGAAACGAUAAAUGAAAUCAUCCGUGAAAUUUUUUAAGUGGGUGGAUUUUCUUUUUCCGUUGUCUUUUUUUUGGAAGCUAACUUAACCGAUCGAAAAUCUUCUUUCUUUUCGUUUGAAUACCUAAAAAAGAACUAUGACAUGUCAAAGGAAUAUCCCAAAGGACUAGUAAAAAUGGACAAAAAGAGAGAGAGAGUACUAUAGAAUUUUAUUGGAUUUGUUGUAGAAAUCUUGAAAGCUCAUUGAGCUCAUCUUUUGGAAAAAAUAUACAAAAUAAAAAAGUGACAAGAAUUGAACAGGAAAUGGAAUCGAACAGACAAACGAAAUUGAGAAAAGAGCAAAAGAUGGAAAACGAACGAAAAAGAAGAAGUAGUUGCACCACCAAAAUUUAUGUUCGUUUUCCAUUUUCUGGUUUUUCUCUGUUUUUUUGGAACUUGCAUGAUUUUUCACAGCUCAUUUAUAGUAGUGAAGGAAUCUUUUGAAGAUAGACCCAUCAAAAAAGGAUCAAGCCAUAUUUUAUUUUUUGGUGAAAAUUGAAGGUCCGAUUAAGAAAUCUGAAAAAUCAGAUCAGAUUUAUCUUGUGGGAAUCUUGGAAUUCCUCAGGUUUAGUUACUGAACUUCUAAAAAUUAAAUAAUCAAGCCUGGAGCUUCCCUAAUGUCUCGAUUCCGAUUAAUACUUUUUUAACCACAGUAAUUUUUGUGCAAAUUCUCAAACCCUUGGCUUAUUCACUUUUUUUCGUACUUCCAAAAACUAAACUUUUCUAAAACCACAAUUCCACCAAACCUCUUAAUCUUAAACUAAUUCGAUUUUCUUAUUCUCCACAUCUUCCAUCAACCACAAAUCCUGAUUUUGUACUUUUACUACUUCCAAAAAAAUAUGAAAUUUCUCGUACUUUUGUUGGACACAAAACUGAUUUCUCCAAGGAAUUUGCAAGUUCUCAUUUCUUGCUCCACAUAUAAAAAAACAUCAAAACAAGAUGUUAUCAACAAAGUUCAUUUCCCUCUUCGACAAAAAAGGGGCGUGUCUUUUUUCUAGUUGGCCCCUCCUCUUUUUUUCUGUUUUUUUUUGAAAAGAAAAGAGGUCCUCUAUAUUUUGUUGUUGCUCCAAAUAUUUACUACUACUACAACUUUUUAUUAAAUUCUUCAUAAAUAAUGUUAUCAAUAAAGAAUCUUGGAUUAACUGAUCAAAUUUGUCCAUCGAAAAAAGGCAAUAAUUGGCUACCAACUUCAUUUUAUUCGAAACAUAAAAAACAGCAAAAAUAUCUGAAAGAUUUGCAAAAUUCAAUAUCAUCGAGUGGUUCAACAGCUUCUUGCUCAUCUUCUUAUCCAAUAAAUAUUGAAUUUAAUCCGAUUGAAAUAAUUGGCGAUGAUUCAACAAUGAAACAAGAAUGGCAUUGCGCCAAAUAUAUCGUAAUUUAAAAAAAAUGGGGCGGAAGGAUUUGUGAAUUCAAAUAUUUUGAAAUUCACAAAUUCUUUCAGAUAAAUAAAAAAUAUACUUACUUGUGAAAGUUUGAGUUUGUUUGUGUUUUCUUUAGUUUUUUGCUUUUAAUUUUGAAGUGUGUGUGAUUUGAAUAUUAACCGAAAGAGAGAGAAACAGAGGUUUUGAGAGUGUACGAGUUGCCAAUUCAAAUUCAAAUAAUAAAUAUUAUCUUUAUUUCAGAACAUCCCAUACCGUUCAAAACUCACCGAGAAAAUCGAACCCGGACAAACUUUGAUCAUCCGCGGAAAAACCAUCGAGGAAUCAAAAAGGUUAGUGAUUUAUAAUAAAAUUAAUUCGAGAGAAAAAAAAGAAGAUCAAAAAUCCAAUCCGCGUGACACCAAAACUUUUUUUUUGCAUUUCAAAACAUAUUCCAAUUCAUCAGGGAAUUUCUUUGGCCCGUUUUUCAAAAACGGAAAGAGGAUGAGGAAAAGAACGACAAAGAUUAUGAAAAAUGAGUGUGGUCACUUAGUUUUUGAGGAAAAAAUAUUUUUGGAAACGAAAAACAAUGUUCACAUCAUAGGGCUAUUUUGGAAAAAAAUACAUAAGGUCCGAUUUUUUUCAAACUUGGAAGGACUUAAAAUUGAAGUUCUGCAAUUAUGUAAUUUCCAAUGUUAUCUGUGAAUUGAACAUCGUUUCAAUUUUCAUUGAAUUUUUAAAGAUUUGUACUAUAAUCAGAGCACAAAUUUUCAAGGAAUUUUACUCACUCCCUGGGAAAGCUAGCUUUUUUGAAUUGUAAUUGAAUUUUAUGAUUCAUGGGACAUUUUAGAUCAAAUUUCCAAAAAUAUAAUUCAAUUUCUUCAUCCCAUGGAAAUAGCACCCAGACUUUACAGCUCCCAAACAUUACACAGGUUUUUACAGAUUCAACAUCAACUUGCAUAAAGAUUCGCCAGAUUUCUCUGGAAACGAUGUUCCACUUCAUUUGUCAGUUCGAUUCGACGAAGGAAAAGUUGGUUUUACUUAUCCAUUUUUUAUUAUUUUUUCGCUCCCAAAGAACUCAUUUAUCAAAAUUGAUUUAUGAGCCAAUUGAAAAUAAUUUAUUUUUUGUUUUUCUAUCUAUCUAUCUUUCUUUCUUUCUCGAAAUUCUUCAUUUUCUGACACACUCACACAUGUCAUCUAUUUUGACACCUGCAAUUUGAGAAAGAAAAAAACGGGACUGACUUGCAGAUCAAAUUCGAAAAUUGGCAGCGUGAAAAAACGAUAAAAUCCAGUGUAGGUUUCAAACUUCACACAGAUUUUUUGCAUGUUUUGCACUCCUAUAGUUGUGAAGAUUUCUAACAAAAAAUAUAUGGGGCAAAAAUAGAAAUGACUUAAUAUUUUAUCAUAAUUUUGGCAGUAUUAUAAUUUUUGCAGAUUGUUUCGAAUGCUUACACCAAGGGAGCUUGGGGAAAAGAAGAACGCCAGAAGAAUCCAAUCAAGAAAGGAGAAGCUUUUGAUAUCAGAAUUCGUGCUCAUGACAACAAAUUCUCGAUUUCAAUCAAUCAUGUGAGUUUUAAACAAACAAAAAUGUUGAUUGAUUGAUUAGUAUUUCAAGAUUUUCGAAAACAAAAAGAUUAGAAACAUCUUUGGUUUCUUGAGGAAAUUAACUUUUUCAAACAUCUCUAGGGACCACUCAAAUAUUGUUUCGAAGUGACCGGUCAGGCGAGCGAGAUUUCACCAACCAAAAAUAACUCUUUUUUUCACCAAUCCAUCACAACUCAACUCAAAAAUAGAAUUAAACUUUGUGCCCACACACUCACAUGACAUCCAAAAAAAGAAUGAAAAAAAAACAAGUUGAGUUGAGCGAAAUUGAAUUUGGUCAAAAAUAUCCUAUUUUUUCCUGUCAGAAAAAAAGAGAGACAGAGAACAUUGAAACAAUUCGAGAAAAAAUUACCGGAAACAACUCAACUCAAAAAGUUCAGAGUUCUUCUAUAUCAUCUUUUUUUGUUGCAAAAUCCAUAAUCUUUGCUCCGCUUAUCACUCACUCAAAACUUUUUUUUGCCACCUCAUCUCGAAAAAAAAUCGGAUAUUUUUUUGUGCGUCAACAACAAAAAGUUUUUUUUCUUCUACUUCACACCCAUAUUUUUUCACGGAAGAAAAAACUCAAAGGUUUCUCGAAUAUUCAAUUUCUUCUCUUUUGUCUACUCUUCGAAUGCUCAAAAAUCGUCAAAAAUUCCACAGGGGAUAUUCUUCCUCUUUUAGCUAUGACCUAGAAAUUUCAAAAUAAUUUAUUUCCAGAUUCUUGUUUUUGCACCACUUUUUGAGAGAAAAAAUAGAAAGAAGAGAAAAAUAGAAAAUUGUUUGGUCGAACAAGAAAAGCAUUGACUUUUUGUGACAAAAAAUAGAAUCUGGAACAAAAAUAAACAAAACAAAAUGUUGGAUUGGAGAGGGAUUGGAAUAAUUUUAAAAUUUAGGAAAUUGAUAUGGAUUAGGCUCUGAAAUGACAAUCCUGGCUAAACUACUAUGAGUACUAUAGUUUUUGUUAUUCAAAUGUUAAGAAAAUCUAAGACUGCAAGUACGCUGAAAAAAAUGAUUUUUGAAAAUCGGGAUACAGAAUUCAAACGUUUGCAAAAAAUCUUGUUUAAAAAAAACCAAAUUUUUUUUGCAGAAAGACAUCAAGGCUUUUGAUCACCGAAUUCCACUUCAAUCCGUCUCUCAUUUGUCAAUUGAUGGAGAUGUUAUUUUGAACCAUGUUCAAUGGGGUGGAAAAUACUAUGUGAGUUUUUUAAAUGGAAAAUAAAAAUUAUGUUGUUUGAAAAGUUUGAACAUCUUGAAAAUCUAUCAAAUCCAAAUGAAUUUUCUUCUACAAUCUGAAAAUAUUUUGCAGCCAGUCCCAUAUGAAAGUGGAAUCGCUGCCGAUGGUCUCAUUCCUGGAAAAACUUUGGUCGUCUACGCCACUCCAGAGAAAAAAGCCAAGAAGUAAUUAAAUCUAUUAUAAUUUCAUCCUAACUAUAUUUUUUUCUUCCAGAUUCAACAUCAAUUUGUUGAAGAAAAAUGGAGAUAUCGCUCUUCACUUCAAUCCAAGAUUCGAUGAGAAGGUAAGCAUUUUACACAGUUUUUUUUAUUUUGAAAACUAUGGAGUUACUCUAAUUUCAUUUGAUUUUGUAUAAAAUUCUCUCAUAAAUCCAUUUCAGGGAGGACUUAUCUGCGCUAAACCAAUUCCAGGAGUAUGUUUUUUAUAUAGUAUUUAUUAUAUAUUUAUUUUUUGUUAAAAGUGUUCGUGAAUGUUUUUGGUUCGGUAUUUUUAGUUCCUCUAGAAUAUUCUAAAAAGUGGUGUGUAUCCCUAAACAAAAAAAUCAAAUCCUAUGUUUUCUUAAUCCCAAAACUUAAAAAUUUCAGAAGGAUUUUGAUCCUUUUAUCGAAUCGAAUGAGGUUUGUUUCAGAUCGCAUUUUUGUGUUUUUUUGUGUCUGAUGAAAAAUAUAAUUAAUUUAUGAAAAAUUGGGGUGACAACGGGUUGGAACUGGUUUGAUAUUCAAUUUUUGCAGAGCGUUGUUCGCAAUUCUUUGAUUUCUGGAGAAUGGGGAAAUGAAGAAAGAGAAGGAAAAAACCCAUUCGAGAAAAAUGUUGGAUUCGAUUUGGAAAUUCGCAACGAGGAAUUCGCUUUCCAGGUAUGUUCGAUAAUUUUGACUCAUACUGAAAUUCACCCAAAAGUUCAAAUGUUUUAUCCAUCACUCUUCCCAAAAGAUAGAUUCACAUAAAAAACAAGAAAAAAUAAAUUGUUUUUAGUCCACUUCAAAGUAAUUGAACCAUUUCUCAAUCUUCUCCUUCUUUUUUUUCAGAUUUUCGUCAAUGGCGAACGCUUUGCUUCUUAUGCUCAUCGUGUUGAUCCACACGAUAUUGCUGGAAUCCAAAUUCAAGGAGACAUUGAAUUGACUGGAAUUCAAGUUGUUCCAAAUCCAUCUGAAAGUGUGGCUGCUGCACCAGCAGCCGAAUCAGCUCCAGCAGCUGCUCCACCAGCUGAAGAAACUCCAGCCGCUGAACCAGCUGCAGCUGCUGAAACCGCAGAACCACAACAACAAGAAGAAGCAACACCGGCUUCUGAAUAA